AAAGAAGAUGGAAAAACUGUAGAAAAAAACACUCCCAGAAGGAAAGAAAGAAAGAAAGAAUGCAGGGAUUGGGGAUUCUUCAUACGCCAUUGGCAUUCAAUCCAAGCAAGAAGCUGACAACUCUUCCAAGCUGUCCCGCCCCUUCCACAAAACCCUCAUUGAGGUGUAGACAGAUAUCGAGGUCCGCCAGCAGAAAAGUACAAGUCCAAGCAUCUAAUGUUAGUAUCGGAUCUGGAGGCUAUGAAGACAGUGAGGAAAACAGGAACAAGAAAAUCUUUCCCAGUGAUGCACCCAGUAAUGGUUCAUCUGAAAUUGAGAAGCCUCCAGUUCAAAUCCCUUAUCCUUUCUCCGUGGGUCUUGUGCUGCUUGGGUGUGCUUUAGUUUUUGCUCUGAUUGCAUUUGUGAAAGGAGGACCUUCAAUACUUUUAGCGGCAAUCGCAAAAUCAGGCUUUACAGCUGCAUUUUCUCUAAUAUUUGUUUCUGAAAUUGGUGACAAGACAUUCUUUAUUGCUGCACUCCUGGCCAUGCAAUAUGAAAAAGUACUGGUUCUGUUGGGUUCAACUGGUGCUCUUACACUUAUGACAGUCCUGUCUGUCAUUAUUGGGCGAAUAUUUAACUCGGUCCCUGCUCAAUUCCAGACAACCUUGCCAAUUGGAGAAUAUGCUGCUGUAACUCUUCUGCUAUUCUUUGGUCUCAAAUCAAUAAAAGAUGCAUGGGACCUGCCAUCCAGUGAUGUUAAAAGUGGUGAUAAAAGCAGCCCUGAGCUUAAUGAAUACACCGAAGCUGAGGAGCUUGUGAAAGAGAAGGUGUCAAAGCGGCUCACUAAUCCACUUGAAAUUGUCUGGAAAUCAUUCACCCUUGUAUUUGUUGCCGAAUGGGGAGAUCGCUCAAUGCUCGCCACAAUUGCUCUCGGUGCUGCACAGUCUCCAUGGGGUGUGGCAAGUGGAGCCAGUGCUGGACACGUACUUGCGACAUCUAUCGCUGUUCUAGGAGGUGCAUUUCUCGCCAAUUACAUUUCCGAAAAACUGGUUGGCUACGUGGGAGGUGGGUUGUUUCUAGUUUUUGCAGUAGCCACAUUUUUCGGAGUUUUCUGAAAAUUCUUGCUAGCUUAGGGGAGAGAGAGAGAGAGAGAGAGAUAUCAGUGCAUUGAGAAAACAUCGCUGCACAUGUGGCGGCCGAGGAGUAGUAAUCGGAAGACUUAUAGAAGAGCUGAGGAUGUGCUAGUGGAGUACAUGCAUUGCUGGUAGCCUUGUAGAGGAACUUUACUCGAAUCUGAAAGGUUUGUAGUGAAAUGUUGAGAAGUUUGGCAGGGGACAGGGGGCAGUGGCAGAUG